GGACAUCGAGAAAUUGAACAUGAAAAUCGAUGAAUUGAAGAAAGAAACCAAAGAACAAGAAAAACGUAAUAAAGUGGAUUUUAAAAAGUAUGCAACGAAAAUGGAAAAUAAAGUAGAAAAAUACGAAGCUGAAAUGGUUAGUUUGAAAGCGGAAUUGACACAGGCGUUGGCAUCUGCAAAGAAGGAAAAGACAAAACACGAUUCAGAAAAACAGGAAAUGUUGUUAAGUAAGCAAGAGGAAUUUAAAAAAUAUGCAACGAAAAUGGAAUGUGAAGUAAAACAAAAAGAGGCUGACAUGGUUAGGUUGAAAGAGGAAUUGACAAAUAAUAUGAUAAAGGCGCUGGCUGAAGAAAAGAAAAAACACGAUUCAGUAAAAAAGGACUUGUUAAGGUUGAGCAAAGUUACAGGAGGAAACCUAACGUUAGAUAAUCCGAAUAUUGCUGAUCUAAGUGACGAGAACCGUCCAACCAAACUUGCAGAGGAAUUUUCUGAACUUUAUGACAAUGAAUGGACGGAUACAUUUGAAGUUCUUAAAACUGAUGAAAAGGAUAGAACGACCUUCAUGCUUCAUUUAUUGCAGAGAGCAAGCACUAUUUGUCAGCAAAUAUCAAACGAUCAUAUGCAGAGUAUCAAGGAAAGUUUGUGUUCUCUGACUCUCCGAACUCAAUUGCCGAAAAGGAUUGAUGUUGGCACAAAUGAAAUGUUUGGAAUCCUAAAAAAUGAAAAGAUUCAAGUUUUCAGGAAUGAGGUGAUUACAAUGCCGUUUGACUCUUUGCAAACUGAUCAAAGGAAUGUUGUGAUGGAUUUGCGAAAGUUUGUUGAAAAACAGCUUUCUUAUCAGCUUGAAAUGGUAUGUUUUAAAUAG